AUGUCGGGUAAUUUCAUCGGUAGUAAAAUUGCGAUUAUCACAAAAUCUCAAUGCCGAUACACUGGGACGAUAAUUGGUAUCGAUGCUCAAGCAUCAUCUAUACUUCUUGGCAAUGUCAAAUGCUUUGGCACAGAAAAUCGUGGAGGAAAUUUUUUGAAUAAUCAAAUGGUUGGAACAACGGUACCAAUCAUGCAAUUUGCUAAUAGUGAUAUUGAAGAUUUGAAUAUUGUUGGCGACGAACAACCGACUGAAACCUUACCAGUACAGCAGCCAGCAGCACAGCAACCAUCCUUUUCUGCACCUACGAUAGUAUCUCCACCAAAACAACCUGCUCUUCCGAAACAAUCGUCAAUUCAUGAUGAUCCAGCCAUCGUAUCAGCGAUAGUGAGCUCGUCGAAUAAAGAUUUGUCGGCAUCGAAUCGAUUAAUCCAUGGUUUACAACAGAUGAAUCUAUCCGAUGGUCGUUCGAAUAAAGGAUCAAAUUUUGAAGAAUCUCAUCUUCGUACUGGUACCGGUGAAUCUGAUCCAUCCUGGUCUUUACUAACUUCGUCCAACUGGAAUCAUAAUCAACCAAACUCUCAACAAUCCAAUGCAAAAAGUAAAUUCUUCGAUGAGUUCACAUUGAACAACACGGAUCAAAUACAAUCGAAUCGUCCCCAACAACGCUGGUCAUCGAAUACCCAUUCAACUCAGACAUCACGGCAGCAUGAGAAUCGUUUUAAUGAACCUGAAGAUAACAGUGGACUACCUGUUCGUCAGCCAUUUUUCUCGAAUGAUCGAUCUCAUCCUGAAGAUGCACCACUACAACCAACAAAUCGUUAUCAAAAUGGACAUAUGAAUUUUCAACAAAGAUCAUCGUAUAAUAAUCAUCGUCGUCCGCCAAUUAUGAGCUAUCAACAACGGCGUCCCGGUGGUGGAAAUCGUGAAACGUUUCACGAUCAUAGUAAUAAUUAUGAUAAAGAAUUUGAUUUCGAAACAAGUAAUCGUAAAUUCAAUAAAAUUACAAGUGAAGAAGAAUUUAAACAACAAUCGGAGUCACCCGAUGAUUUCUUACACUUGAAUGAGAAACAUGACUCAAGCACUGAUUUUGAAUCUGUCUACGAUAAAAAGAAAUCCUUUUUUGAUAAUAUGGCUCUCGAAGAUACGGGUGAUGUUUCUGGACCUAUGUACAAUCGUUCAAGAAAUCAAGAUACAUUUGGUAAUGAUAGACAUCAAAGACAAAGAGGCCGAGGAGGUGCCGGUGGUGGUUAUAGACGAUCAAAUAAUAAUAAUAAUUAUCGACACCAGCAAGGAAAUGAUGAUUUUUAUUAUCGACAAAAUAAUAAUGGAUAUCAUUAUCGCUAUUGA